AUGGGCCUCGUCAUCGGCCUUCCAGCAUUUUUCCAAUACUUCAACAUCAGCUUAGAAGAUACUAGCGGCAACCAGAUUGCUGGAGCCACCAAUGGUCUCUACUCUGGAGGGGGCAUUAUAGGAUGUGCUCUUGUUCCAUGGCUGCUUGACCGUCUCGACCGUCGUCGAACAAUCCAAAUCAGCGCUGCGCUAGCCAUUCUCUCGGCUGGUCUACAGUCCGGGAGUGUUCAUAUUGUCAUGUUCUUGAUCGCUCGCUUUCUCAAUGGCCUUGCGGUUGGCAUGCUGGAUGUAUCUAUCCCGGUCUUCCAAUCUGAAAUCUCUCCCGCCCAUCAAAGAGGCCGUAUGGUUGGUGCACACGGUGUACUCAUUGUUAUCGGCUACAGCAUGGCUGGCUUCUCUGGAUUUGGAACGUAUUAUGCAUCACCCACUGUAAGCUGGAGACUCUGUCUCAGUUUGCAGAUCAUUGCCCCUCUCUUCUUGUUCCUUGGUUCUCCUUGGGUGCCUGAAUCUCCUCGAUGGUUGAUUGACAAGAAUCGCUCGCAAGAAGGUUUCGCGGUCCUUCGCAAGCUGCACAAUCGUCCUGAAGAUCCGAACGAGACCACAGCAAAGGAAGAGUUCAUCCAAAUCCAGAGGCAGAUCGAACUUGAACGCGCCGAAAACAUCAACAAGGGCUGGGGACACCUUUUCAAGAAGCCGAGUUAUCGAAAAAGGCUUCUUCUCGGCUUUGGAACCCAGUUCAUAGCUCAGAGCACAGGUGUGCUAGUCGUGAACAAUUACCAAAUACUGCUUUACAGGUCUCUCGGGAUAACUGGAUCGCUACCUCUUCUCUUAAAUGCUAUAUACAACUCUAUCGCGGCUUUCAUGAAUUACAUUAACUCCAUUGUCCUCGAUCGUCUUGGCAGAGUCCGCAUAAUGCUGAUUGGACUGGUAAGCUACAGCCCUUUCAAUGUAUCUUUCAGACCACAUUCGGCGACACAGACAGCCGGACCGGCAACCGGCUUUGGCGUAUUCUUCUUGUUCCUCUUCGUCGUAUUCUAUGGCGGUUGCAUGGAAGCUACCUCGUAUGUAUACUGUUCGGAAUUGUUUCCCACACCCCUGAGAGCUCAGGGAACAGGCUUUAGUGUCGGUGGACUGUUCACCGCAACUCUAAUUUACACCCAGUCAGCACCUGUGGCGUUUGCGGAGGUGGGCUGGAAGUUCUACAUCCUUUUUAUCAUCCUCCCCAUACUCGGUGCAUGGUUGAUGUGGAAAUUCUUCCCUGAGACAAAGCUGUUAUCUCUGGAGGAGAUAGCAGGUCUUUUUGGCGAUGAUGUUGCGCUGGAUAUAAGGAAUCUCACCCCUGAAGCGAGGGAAGCACUAGACAGGGAAAUGGCUGCCGUCCGCUCUCCUGGCGACGAGAGGAUCCGGAGAGUGAGCGAAGCAUCAAUAUCACCUCACGCAAACGAAAAGACAAUCACCGAAUCUCAGCUUGAGAAAGCGUGA